AUGCGCUGGAGAAAGUUAGGGUGGAUUCGUGGGAUGUUUAGCGAGGAGAAAACAGGAGUUGGAGCAACAAUUGGAGCUGGAGUUUACAUUCUUGUUGGAACAGUUGCUAAAGAGCAAACAGGGCAUGCAAUCACAAUAUCAUUCCUCAUAGCCGGAAUAGCAGCUGCACUUUCAGCAUUAUGUUAUGCAGAACUCGCAUGUCGUUGCCCAUCUGCAGGAAGUGCAUAUCACUAUUCCUACUUAUGUGUUGGAGAAGGUGUUGCUUGGUUGAUUGGUUGGUCCCUGAUUCUUGAAUACAUACUUGGUGGAGCAGCAGUAGCCCGUGGCAUAUCCCCAAAUAUGGCUGUGUUUCUUGGAGGUCCAGAUAAGCUUCCUGCUUUCUUAACUCGACCCACCAUUCUUGGAAUUGUAGUUGAUCCUUGUGCUGCUGUUUUAGUCUUCAUUAUAACUGGACUACUUUGCACUGGAAUCAAAGAGAGUUCAUUGGCUCAAGGCAUAAUCACAACAAUAAACGUUGUAGCCUUGCUUUUCAUCAUGGUAGUUGGUGGAUACAUAGGUUUCAAGACUUAA